AUUUGGUCCAUUGUGUUUUCAUACAAAAAAGCAAUGUUUUUGUCUUCGUUUUAAAAGGAAUCUUACUAUUUUAGGCCAGCAUCUUUGUUAUUUCAAAGACUGUGACAAUGCCUAGAAAACGACGACGUGAUUCAACUGAAGUGAGCUGUAUGAUCAAAUAUCUCAUGUUUGGAUUCAAUGUUUUGUUUUGGCUGAUCGGCACUGGAAUAUGCGCUAUCGGGCUGUGGGCAUGGACGGAGAAGGACAUGUUCACGAACAUUGGUCGCCUAACGAACGUGGCGUUGGACCCCGCCAUGGUCUUUAUCAUGAUUGGAGGUGUCAUGUUUAUAAUCGGCUUCGCCGGCUGUAUCGGCGCUCUCAGAGAAAACACAAAACUUCUCCUCUUUUUUUCCGUCUGCGUUGGUCUCAUUUUCACAGUUGAACUCGUGUUCGCAAUAUUGGCCUUUGUCUAUAAGGGCUGGGUUCAGGUCCAAAUCGAGACCCAGAUUCACAACAUGAUUGUGAACUAUCGGGACGACCCGGAUCUACAGAACCUAGUUGAUUGGGUCCAGAAGGACUGGUUGAAGUGUUGUGGAGUGACAGAUUACCGUGACUGGGAGAUGAACAUCUACUUUAACUGUACGUCCCCGGGCGGAGAGGCGUGUGGCGUGCCCUUCUCCUGCUGUAAACCAACAGAUGCUGUUAUAGCAAAUCGACAUUGCGGAUAUGAAAUCAUGAAAAGUUCAAAUGAUUUUAAGCGUGCAGGAGUGAUCUACACCGAAGGCUGUAUACCAUCGGGGCAGAUGUGGUUUGAGAAGAACCUAAUACCCGUCGCCUCCGUAGCUGUCGCUUUGGCAGUGUUACAAAUAUUGGGUAUAUGUUUUGCUCACAAUCUCCGCGGCGACAUCAACAGACAGAAAUCACGAUGGCGCCAUUGACAUACGGCGAGACUUCGCAACUAACAAUGCAGGAUAGACCAUACCAUAUACAUUGACUUUAAUGUUUUUAUCACUUAUGGAGGUUUUAAUAUGUAUUGUGUUUGCGAAGUCUGUUAUUUUUCUUAAGGUAUAUUGAUAUAUAUGAAAGGAUUAUAAGUCAUAGAUAUAUUUUAGUCUUAAACUGGGUUGUUUUUAUUUCAUUUUUAAAGGAUCUGUUACAAUAAAACUGAUCCAAAUAGAUAUGUUCAUGUGUAACAUGUUACUUUUAUUUGUCUUGGGGUUCUAGUCAUGGUUCCAUCUUAAUAUACUAUACGAAUUUAUUAGUGAUUGUUCAACCACAGCAUACUAUAAGAAUUAGUGAUUGUUCAACUACAGCAUAUUAUAAGAAUUAGUGAUUGUUCAACCACAACAUACUGUUAUAACUAGUGAUUGUUCAACCACAGCAUACUGUAAGAAUUAGUGAUUGUUAAACCUCAACAUUCUAUAAGAAUUAGUGAUUGUUCAGCCUCAACAUUCUAUAAGAAUUAGUGAUUGUUCAACUACAGCAUAUUAUAAGAAUUAGUGAUUGUUCAACCACAGCAUACUGUUAUAACUAGUGAUUGUUCAACCACAGCAUACUAUAAGAAUUAGUGAGUGUUCAACAGUUACUACAGCAUAUUAUAAGAAUUAGUGAUUGUUCAACCAUAACAUACUGUUAUAACUAGUGAUUGUUCAACCACAGCAUACUGUAAGAAUUAGUGAUUGUUCAGCCUCAACAUUCUAUAAGAAUUAGUGAUUGUUCAGCCUCAACAUUCUAUAAGAAUUAGUGAUUGUUCAGCCUCAACAUUCUAUAAGAAUUAGUGAUUGUUCAACCUCAACAUUCUAUAAGAAUUAGUGAUUGUUAAACCUCAAUAUACUAUAGAGUUAGUGAUUGUAAUCAACCACAAUUUACUAUAAGAAUAAGUGAUUGUUCAACCUUAAUAUUCUAUAAAAAUUAUUGAUUGUUCAACCACAAUAUACUAUAAGAAUUAUUGAUUGUUCAACCACAAUAUACAAUAGAAUUUAUGCUUUUUGGACCUCUACAAAAAAUCAUGAUCAUUUGACCACAAAUUACUAAGUAUUGAAAAAAAUAAUAUAUUAAUAUUUAUUGAAGAUCUACAAAAAAAUUGUUGAGAUAAAAUCUUGGCAUUCAGAAUUUUAAAGCUGCUCUCUCACAGAUUGACAGUGUUGACCUUUCUUUUAAUUUUUGUCUCGGAAUCAGCUGAUUUUGGCAAUAAGAUGACUCACAUUAGAACAGGUCUAAAUUGUUUGGAAAACUGCUGAAAUUUUCAUUUUUCUUAAAGCGUUAGUAACGCUUUUAGCCAUAUAACAUAAAUUUUCCAACCUAAAUAUGAAAAACUGCAAUCUGAUUUUUUUUCAGCAAUCACUGGUUUUUAGACAUUAUGCAAAAAUUGGCUGAUUCCAAGAUAAAAAAUUAAUGUAUUAACGGUCAAUCUGUGAGACUGCAGCUUUGAAGUCAUUUCACUUUUUUAUUUAAUACAUGUAGGUGCCUGAUGUUUUUAUCAAUGAGUGUACUACAAAAUAUCAUUCGAUCAGGUAAUAAUUAUGUUUGUCAAUUAGUUUGUAUUUGAUUAAGAAUCUUUAAAUGCUGUUUGUCUUGAAAAUAAUUGUUAAGCUGUAUGUUACAUUAUUGUUUUGUUUUGCGUAUGAUGUUAUCAGUUCACACUGCUACUAUCCACAAGUUCUUGAAUUCCACUGUAUCACUAAAUGAAUUUCCACAUCAAUGGCUAGUUUUGGUACUGAGUUCAGGGGCCAUGAUUACGGACAGUCUCCAGUCUGAGAUAAGACUCAAGUGGCCAAACUGCAAAUCUUGAAGUUAUUUAUCUUUCUUUCUAGUAUAGUUUUCAUAUGAAAUUUGCUGAAUUUAUUUAAGGAAUGAAUUGCGGGGUUGAUGUCAUUAUCGGGGUAUGAACGCAAUUGGGUUGGUCAAUGUGUGUUAAGUCCGAAGAUAAUAGAACGACUGGACUAUAACCGGAAACACUUUUUCAAAUGACGUCACAAUAACGCGGGAAAAGAUCAACCACUUGAAAUCACUUUAAAACGUAAAAUUGAAACUCUUCUGGUACCAAUAUAUUUAAAAUUUUAUAAACUAACACUUUUAAAAAUUUUGAUUUAUAUUUUACGGGACCUGCAGACACAAUACAACCAAUAACAAGAUCAAUAGCUUUCAUGUAUAUUGUUAUGCAAUGAAUUACAAUCCGAAGAUGUUGCGUUCAUCGAUUGAUGAACGCAACUGCCGAAAGGCAGUUCAUUGAAGGAAUGGAAGUUGGGGUGUAAAUAUUACUAUUUGAAUUGUACAGUCUUCACAUUUAUUUUUGUAAUAUAAAUGAAAUAAAUAUGAUUUUUUUGUAAUUUAAGUGCUUCUUUGAGUCUGGGUCUAGACUUGGCCUUGAGACUAUUCUUAAUCAUUGCCUCUUGCACUUCAACCACUUUUCAGCUCUUUCCAGAGACAAUUACCGUUUUUGUUUCGCAAAACUUACUAGGUAGGUCCUCUGAAUAAGAUUCUGUCUACAAACUGAGUAAUCGAGAAAAGCUUAAUAUGUAUAUCAUAUUUUAAAUCAAAGUCUUCGGAAUCCAUCCAUGGUCAAAAAAAGAAACAGGCUGUAAAUGUGGCAUAUUUUAGGCUUUAUUAUUCAGCAGCCAGUUGUAUAAGCUUGUUAAUUCUUUGGUUUGAUAUGUAACUACCGGGUAUAUAUCCAAUAAUUAAUAUCAAUCAACCUUAAUCGAGGCAUGUAAAUGUUCAAACUACAAUGUAGCCUGAAUUUUAACUUAUGGACACCUCCUAAAAGUUCUAUACCACUGGCUGCAGGUUUAUUUUUCAACAUUUUAUUCAUUGAAUGUUGAAUACAAACUCUUGUUUUAAAGUGAUUCUAGUUUUGAAGUUCUAGUGAUGUUUUUUUAAAGUUAUUCUAUUUGAUAUAAUCAGGUUUAUUAUAUUGUUACUUGGAAGUGGUAUGCAUGUUGCAUACAUCAUUUUUCAAGAGUAUUUUUAAAAAAAAAAUCACUUGUACAUUAUAAUGUUUAUAUUCUGUCAUAAAACAUCCAUUUUAUAUGUACAUUUUUGUUCAUUGUAUUAGCAUAUAUUAUCAUUUGUUUGUGUUGACUUCAUUACAGAAUUCACAUAUAUUUAUUAUCCGCACUAAUUUUUGCGCUGGCUGUAACAGAUAAUUGCAAUGUCAGUUUUGAGAAGUUAUGAAUAUUUGCAAUGUAAGUUUGUAGAAAGAAGCAGAUAUUUGCAAUGUCAGUUUGUAGAAAGAAGCAGAUAUUUGCAAUGUCAGUUUGUGGAAUAAUCAGAUAUUUGCAAUGUCAGUUUGUGGAAGAAUCAGAUAUUUGCAAUGUCAGUUUGUGGAAAGAAGCAGAUAUUUGCAAUGUCAGUUUGUAGAAGAAUCAGAUAUUUGCAAUGUCAGUUUGUGGAAGAAUCAGAUAUUUGCAAUGUCAGUUUGUAGAAAGAAGGAGAUAUUUGCAAUGUCAGUUUGUGGAAUAAUCAGAUAUUUGCAAUGUCAGUUUGUGGAAAGAAGCAGAUAUUUGCAAUGUCAGUUUGUAGAAGAAUCAGAUAUUUGCAAUGUCAGUUUGUGGAAAGAAGCAGAUAUUUGCAAUGUCAGUUUGUGGAAAGAAGCAGAUAUUUGCAAUGUCAGUUUGUAGAAAGAAUCAGAUAUUUGCAAUGUCAGUUUGUGGAAAGAAGCAGAUAUUUGCAAUGUCAGUUUGUGGAAGAAUCAGAUAUUUGCAAUGUCAGUUUGUGGAAAGAAGCAGAUAUUUGCAAUGUCAGUUUGUAGAAAGAAGCAGAUAUUUGCAAUGUCAGUUUGUAGAAAAAAGCAGAUGUUUGCAAUGUCAGUUUGUAGAAAGAAGCAGAUGUUUGCAAUGUCAGUUUGUAUAUGAAACAUUUAUUCACAUUUUAGUUUACACUCAUCAAAAGAUUAGGAUGGCUUUUGAAUUAUCAGUUAUACAAGUCAAGCCUCAUUCAUGUUAACCUUAAAAGUGCUUUCCAUUGCUAGUCAUGUUUUUAGUUAGAUUUGUAUCAUUAAAAUAAAGAAUGGUUUAGAACAUGCUUGACAUAUAUAUUUUACACUCAUACAUAAUUAUUAUAUUCAUUAUCAAAUAGAUUUUUGUAAGGCCUUAAAUUCAAGAAGAUUUGUUUUCCGACCUCCUGUCUGACAACAGUAAUCUGAUCUUAUUAUUGCCCCUGCCCUGGACUGUUUUUAUCUAACAUUUUUUUCUUCUUUAAUAGUUUUUUUUCUACUGGCAAUAAAGGUCCUUUUUAUAUUGCACUCAAAUUUAUAUUGCAUGUCAUGUGUAGACUUCUAGACAAAAUGAUAAGAUAAAUUUCUUAAAUUUUUAAAAUGAAAUGCAGUGUUUCUAUUGUAAGAAUUCAUGAUAUUUGUGCUCAUGUUUUAAACCAUAAUAGUUUUCAUGUAUUUAAUAGUCACUCGCCAGUUGCCAAUAGAGACAAUUAUAAAUAACUCAUGUAUAUUAUUCUAAUUGGCAUAAAAUAAAUCUAACAAAGUUAGUAUGCUAUACUGUUAAAUGGGUCAAAGUUUGAAUUAUAUUUCCUUUUCUGUUAUUUUUUAUUGUUAAUCUUUUAAAUAAUGUCUUUGACUGAUAUAUAAAUAAGAUUUAAGAUUUGUAUUGUUUAAGACAGUCUCGAAAAGUUAUUGUCUUAUAAUAAGAAAGUUUUAAAGUUAUUGUCUUAUAAUAAGAAAGUUUUAAAAAGUAUAACUCAUGGCCUGUGUGGUGCCCUCAAAAAACGGGCUAGCUGGAACACUGAAGCUUAUAUUUGAAUACAGUUCUUCUUCUUCAAUUUGGUUACCAUGCUUAAUGAUAAACAUUUGAAGAACAUGCUGUAUGCAGCAGUAAUGUCACCUUAUUGCAAUAACUCUAUAACUGCUUCUAUUUAUGUAUACAGGUAUUGAGUUAUUGCACUAGGUCGACAUCCAUGUGCUAAUAUUUAUUUACAAAUGGUCAUCCCUUAAUUGGCCAAUGACAACCAGCCUUUUUAGCUUGAUUAUUCGAAGAAUAGGUGGGCUAUACUGCUCGCCCCAGUGUCGGCGUCCGGUUAAUGUUUUACAGCAAGUUGGGAUUUUCACUUAUAAGUCCAAUACCCUACAUUCAAUUGACUUAAUACUUCACACAGUUGUUCAGGGCCAUCACAUGAUGAGGUUAGAUAACUCCAUAUUAUUCUUUACACAGAUUAUGGCCCCUGAUUGACUAUGGAACUUGGGUUAAAGUUUUAGGGCAAGUUGGAAUAUUUAUUAAUAACUUCUAUAUCCUUUGUUCAAUUAACUUAAUACUUCACACAGUUGUUCAGGACCAUCCCACAAUGAGGUUACAUAACUCCAUAUUAUCCUAAAUACAAGUUAUGGCCCCUGAUUGACUUAGGUUAAAGUUUUAGUGCAAAUUGGGAUUUUCACUUAAAACUCCAAUACCAUUCAUUCAAUUCACUUAAUACUUCACACAGAUGUUCAGAGCCAUCACAUAAUGAGGUUAGAUAACUCCAUAUUAUCUUUUAUACAAAUUAUGGCCCCUGAUUGACUAUGGAACUUAGGUUAAAGUUUUAGGGCAGGUUGGGAUAUUGUUUAAUAACUUCUAUACCCUUCAUUCAAUUGACUUAAUACUUCACACAAUUGUUCAGGACCAUCACCCAAUGAGGUUACAUAACUCCAUACCCUUAAUACAAGUAAUGGCCCCUGAUUGACUUAGGUUAAAGUUUUAGGCAAGUAAAAGUUAAGGGCAAGUUGGGUUUUUAAUAAAAAAAACUUCUAUACCGUUCAUUAAAUGCACUUAAUAAAAUUCAAAAUUAUAUAUGACCAUCUUACAACAAGAAACAUAACUCCGUUUUAAGCCUAAAUACAAGUUAUGGCCAUUGAUUAUUUUUUUAUUUUUUUUUUAAUUUCCUUUGAAAGGCAUAUUUGUAUAUUCUUAACCACAUUUUCAUAAUGGGAAAUCAAGUUAUUUGAAUGACUUGCGUCAUUGUUUGGGCGGGCUGGUGGGAGGGCAGCAUCAAAGUCACCUUAUGUAUCAAAUAAUUUUAGUUAGGUUUGACAUAAAGAGACCGAACUUGGUAUUAUUACAUCGUUAUUUUAUUCUAAGUCAAAGCGGCGUAGUCGAGCGCGCUGUCUAAGACGGCUCUUGUUCUAAUUGUCAUUUACAGGUAUAUCAAUUUCUUGUCAUCGUUGAAAUUACUAUAUACAUUAACUCAUUCAUGGAGAAUGUUGUUUUUAUGUUUUACCUUUUUUUCAAACAUUCCCUUUUAAAUAUUUGUGUUUGUUUUCUACACCUUUUCUCACAUAAAUCCUUGCGUUGGAUUCUUUUUAAUUUUUACAAUCCUUACUUUGCCAGCUUUAAAUCUAUUUUCAAUAUGUUUACUUUUAUAUGCAUUUAUCUCUAGCAAUAUUUCUAGAUAUACUUGUUUGUUUUAUUCACAUACACAUGUUAAAUUCUUUUGUGGAUGGUUGUAAUAUACAUCAAAAUGGUUGAAAUAUGUUAAGCCAAAGAUCAGAAAAGUAUUUGUUUCAAAAUAAUCUUAAUAUUUAGUAUUUGUUUCACAAAAUCAAAAUUGUUUAUGCAUGUAUUUGUUUCACAAGUUCUUACUAUUUGAAGCAUGUAUUUGUUUCACAAGUUCUUGAUAUUUGAUGCAUGUAUUUGU